AUGGUCCACGGGGCCCCACGAGCUGCCUUCCCGGCCGCAAGGCGCCGAGGACCCUGGUCCGGACGCCCCACCGUGCAGCGCCGCGAACCCACCGUGCGGCUCUUGCCGCUGCUGCCUCAUCUGCCGGCGCUGCUGCUCGGGGCGGGUGAGCGCCUGAGACCAGGGCGACCCCACCGGCCAGCCUGGGGAGCGGGGUACUCGGGUGACCGGGGGCGGGGACGGCGCACCCAGCGGGGCCAGACUAGAGCCUUCAGGGGCUGAGCUUCCAGGUGGAGACGGCGCACCUGGCAUGGGGGCUGGGGGAGGGGACUUGUGGGUACCGGGACGACCUCGGAGCUGGAAUCAGCACCCGGGACAGCGCCCGGAGUACGAGCCCAGCACCCCUGUCCUUCCUCCACUGCCACCGCGGCUCCCCUGGCACCGAGACCCUCCAAGGAGGAGCUGACCCGCUGUCUGGCAGAAGUGGUCACAGAAGUGACGCUGGGCCAGGCCAAGCGAGGCCCCUGCAUGGCUCUCCUCCACAAAGAAAUGUGUGAGACAGAGUCCUGCGGCUGUGGGUCCACUGAAGAGAAAGGCCUCCUGGUUGGGGAUUUUAAAAAGCCAGAGGCUGGGAAGACAAGGUCCAGCCAGCAGGUGAGGGAUGAGGAAGAGGAGGCAGCAGAAGGGACCCACAAGUCCGAAGUGCGGGAACAGGCCAUCCGCGAGCAGCUCCACAGCCGGCUCCACCAGGAGGACCACAAAGAGGAGGAGGAACAGAAGAGGGGGUCCGUGGAGACCUUUGAGGGCCUGUGGAAGCGGCGUCCCGAGAGUGGCAGGGGCCCCCAGAAGCGGGUGGCAGAGCAGACCAGCGAUGAGGAGACGGCCCGGUUCGAGGCAGAGGAGAAGGGGGUGCGGGUGCUGGGCAGGGGCCACAGCCUGUGGCAGGGGGCCGAGGCGGGUGGAGAGAGGCGCGAGGACCGCCACCACCUCCACCCGCCAGAAGCUGAGCCCAAGCAGGAGAGAGAGGCUUCGGACAGGGAGGAGCGUGAUGUGGAGCGGCGGGAGCACACGAGAGAUGAGCUGAGGAAGGCGACGGAGAUGCUGGGAGGGGAGCUCAGGAGGGCGGGCUGACCCCGACCUCGUGUCCUCCUUCCUCACACACCCUACGGCUUAGGACUGUUGACCCCCAAACCCUUCCAGUCCGUCACCCCACUCUGCUCCCCAACCUGCAGGAGUGGGGAGAAGGGUGUGCCUUGAAACCAGGCCUGAGGGGCCAAGUCUGAGCUGGGUAGAGGGGCUGGGCUCAGACUAACUCAGGAAACAGCCCUGACACCCAUCUAACCCACUCCAACCCUCCCGAGUGAAUAAAGCACAAAGAAAACCACCAAGGCUUAUCGUGUAGCACUUGAUUUUAGAGGGACAGGAGCUGAGGAGUGGGCAGGAGGCCUGGGAAGGCGACUGUCGAUCUAGUCACUGGUUGUCAGAACUGGGAUUUUUAUUAAAUUGGAAACUCUAUUCUAGUAAGUCAGAUGGGGUCGUCAGGGAGCGGUUUCGAGGCGGGGGUGGGAGGUAGCUGGUUUGGGCUCCGGCCACUGUGGACCACGAUGUCGUCGUAUUCAUCCUGGGGGCAGAGGGGGCCAGGCAGAGGGGCUCAGGCGGCUGCCACCUUGCUCGCUGCCCGA